GGAUAAACAAAAAAAAUGUCUUCAAGUAUCUUUCGGAUUAUAUUUUUCUUACAUUGGUUGUGUUUGGUGAUCAUAAUUUGCAUAACAACAAAACCAUCUCAAGGUGAUCAAACAUUUUGUGGUAGAAAUUUAUCUGAUACUCUGGAUCUUCUUUGCAUAAAUGGAUUUGGCACUAAAAAGACAAAGAAAUCAAUCGAUCCAAUGGUCUAUAGUCCUGAAGGCUCUGAGGUGUAUGAGACAACUUUCGAAUUUGACGAAUUUCCCUUCCUUACAAUGUUCCAGGCUAAUAGUUUGGCCAAAAUUCGCCGAACCAGAGAAGGAAUUGCAAAUGAGUGCUGCAAGAAACCGUGUUCAGUGGAGAAACUCAAAUUAUAUUGCUUAUAA